CACAGCAUAUAGAAUGGCACGAGCUGGAUAAGAGAAAGUUUUAUGUCAUUGGUCCAUCACUGUUCUUCUUUGUGCGUAUGGUUGUAUACCCUCCUGUUCUGAUCAAAACACGAUUGCAGUUACAAAAGAAUAGGUCUCUUUACCGCGGAACUUUUGAUGCCUUUAGAAAGAUAUACAGGUAUGAAGGAAUUCGUGGCUUUUACAAGGGAUUCAUAACGAAUUCAUUUACAAUUGUUUCCGGUCAGAUUUAUGCAACAUCCUAUGAAAUUAUUCGAUCGAUGACUGCAGAUUAUGGGAACUUUACUCGUGGCCUUAUUGCUGGAGGCUGUGCAUCCUUUGCAGCUCAAACAAUCACUGUUCCAGUAGACAUCAUCUCUCAAAAGCAAAUGAUUCAAGGGCAGGAUGCAUCAUUGCAGGAAACUCUUGAUAUGAGUGGUAAUGCAGCUAAAAACAAAUUUAAAGGCCCAGUUCAAAUUAUCCGAAUCAUAUGGAGAGAGAGUGGUGUAAAGGGAUUUUACCGAGGGUAUCUUGCUUCUCUUUUGACGUAUGCACCAAGUUCCAGUAUCUGGUGGGCUUCUUAUGGUGCGUAUACAGGCAUUCUUACAGAAAUGACACCAAGUGACAUGCCAAAAAUUGCCAUCCAAGCCUUGUCUGGCCCAUUAGCUGGUAUAACUGCAGCAGUUUUUACAAAUCCAUUAGAUAUUGUGAGGACAAGACUUCAGAUUGAAGGAGGUACAUCAAUACUGCUUGCUGCCAGAGUAUUGUACGCUGAAGAAGGUGUCAGAGCUGUUUUUAAAGGUCUUUCAGCCAGAAUUUUAUCAACAGUGCCAACCAGUCUCAUUAUAAUUGUUGGAUAUGAAACUGUUAAAAGACUCAGUUUGAAAGAAAGUGAUUCAGUGAGCUAGCACCACUCUAAUUAGACAUGUUUUUUCUUGUUAUUUUUUAACAAGGCUUUUAUUAAACAUUGGUGAUUGAUAUCUCAACAUUAAUUGAGUAGUAAAAUAAACUAUCCUUUGCUUUAAUUAAGGCAAGAGAGUCAUGCAGUGAAAAUUUUUUUAAUUAUUUUAAUAAAUUUUUCUUUUCAUACCUGUUGGAAAUGUGAUCCAGACAUUUAGGCACCAUGAUUGAUGAAAUCUUUGUUUAGGAUCCAUCAUAGAAAAUUUGUUACUCAUUUUACUGUUGAGAAUAUGUAUCUGUGUGUUUUUUCUUUUGUGCAAAACAUAAAAAUACAUACACCAUUUCUUAUUUCUAACCAAUACUUUUUGUUUGCUUACAGUAGGACUUUGGCUUUGAAUUGUGUGGCUAAAUAUACCUUCUUUAUUUUUUUAAUCAAUUCCUGCAUUCUUAUGUAGAAAGCAAUUAACUUGCAGAUUCUUAAUGUCUUUUUGUGUGGCUUAUUGUCAUUUUUAUUGUUGAAAGCAGAAUGAUUGUGCAUACAUAUA